AUGUUGUAUUUGUGGUAUUAUCUGGUCGUUAGGAGACUAACUACCACUUUUCCCCCCGUCUUUCGUACACUGCAUAUUUAUAUUUUUUCAAAUCUCGUGAGCUCGCGAGGAUUAUCUAGGGGCCAAAGCUCGCGAGGAUUAUCCAGUGGCCAGAGCUCACGAGGUUUAUCUAGUGGCCAGAGGUCGCGAGGAUCAUCUAGUGGCCAGAGCUCGCGAGGAUUAUCUAGUGGCCAGAGCUCGCGAGGAUUAUCUAGUGGCCACAGCUCGCGAGGAUUAUCUAGUGGCCAGAGCUCGCGACGAUUAUCUAGUGGCCACAGCUCACGAGGUUUAUCUAGUGGCCAGAGCUCGCGAGGAUUAUCUAGUGGCCAAAGCUCGCGAGGUUUAUCUAGUGGCCACAGCUCGCGACGAUUAUCUAGUGGCCAGAGCUCGCGAGGAUUAUCUAGUAGCCAGAGCUCGCGACGAUUAUCUAGUGGCCAGAGCUCGCGAGUAUUACCUAGUGGCCAGAGCUCGCGAGGAUUAUCUAGUGGCCAUAGCUCAGCUAUGCUUGAAAAUUAUUUCCUUAUUUUCCUAUCUAUCUAUCUAUCUAUGUAUCUAUCUAUCUAUCACAGUCUGUUUAUAUCUAUCUAUCUAUGUAUCUAUCUAUCUAUCACAGUCUGUUUAUAUCUAUCUAUCUAUCUAUCUAUCUAUCUAUCUAUCUAUCAUCUAUUUUAUCUGUUUAUAUCUAUCUAUCUAUCUAUCUAUCUAUCUAUCUAUCUAUCUAUCUAUCACAGUCUGUUUAUAUCUAUCUAUCUAUAUCUAUCUAUCUAUCUAUCUAUCUAUCUGAGACGAGACUUUUCAUCUAUCUAUCUAUCUAUCUAUCUAUCUAUCUAUCUAUCUGUCUGUCUGUCUGUCUGUCUAUCUAUCUAUCUAUCUAUCUAUCUAUUUGCUUCUUUCUCAACAUCUUUUUCUUUCUGUCUGCCUACCUAUUUUUGA